UCAGCUGGUCCUCCCCGCUUGAAAGUCCUUGACUUCUACCUCCAAAUUAUUCCGGCCCAUCCCUCAGGUACCUUUAACUUGCCGAUCCUCUUUGUGUCAACAUGGGUCAUUGGCGAGAUAUUUUUAACACGGACAGUGCGCGGACUCGGCAUCGUCUGCACAUGGAGCGACACCGUUUGCUUCCCACCUUCACAGACGACAAUGUCUCCUCUGCUCGCCCCUCUAAAGAGGUGACUAAGGUUGCGCUGCGCCUGAAAUACCAGAUUGAGCAAGUCGUUUCAUGUGAGGUCGACGAGGAUGCCCUCACCGCUCCCCAUAGUCGAGUCAUUACCAAGAGCGUCGUCCAAACCGCUUGUCAGGCAGGAGGCGAUGACUUACGGACCUGCGUACCUUUCUGUCUGCUAGUAUGCUUACGCUGGUUCAAGAUCCAGGCUCGGGAGGAGCUUUGGGACUCGGACCUGCAUGAACGUCGAGCUCUCGCUUGUGAGGUCAUUGCGAAGCGGAUAAUUGAAAAUGAAGAAGAUCAGGACACUCUCCUUGCUCAUGUUCUGUUGAGACGAUACUCCAUCUUUCUUGAUGGUGAGGAGACGGUCCCAGCCAAUGUCAUUGAGCGCGCGGUCGACCUCCAUGCCCUUAGGGUUAUUGGGUCUUCUGGAUAUCAAAAGUGUAUCCGGUAUCUCUGGAAUGGUUGGUUCUGCCAGCAGGAGGGCAAUCCGACCAAUUUCGUGCCGUACCAGGAAAGGGACAAUACUAGUUUCAAGGUCCAUUUCCACCCCGAUCGUAUGCGGACACCCGUCUAUCAGAACGUUUGUCAGAUCCUCUUCUCUCUUGUGUACCUGGGCUUGUAUACCCAGGUAAUCAAUACGGUCAAUCCCUCCGGUGAUCUGGAUGUGGUUGAGGGUGUUCUUUAUGUGAUGACGCUUGCAUUCGUUUGUGACGAAAUUGCCAAGGUGUGGAAAGUGGGCUGGCAUUACAUCGAUUUCUGGAAUGCCUUCAACUCAACACUGUACUCUAUCUUGGUGGUAUCAUUUGUCUUGCGCGUUGUGGCUCUUGCACAUUCACCAUCGGUGCAUGACGCUGAGCGUCAGAGGUUCAAUGAGCUCAGUUACAACUUUUUGGCUUUCGCGGGACCCAUGUUUUGGAUGCGAAUGAUGCUCUAUCUCGACUCGUUUCGGUUUUUCGGUGCUAUGUUUGUCGUGCUUCGGGUUAUGAUGAAGGAAAGUUUGAUUUUUUUCGCUUUGCUCUUCGUGGUGCUGGCAGGGUUCUUCCAGGCUUUCAUGGGCAUGGCUCAAGUGGACAACGAUAUUCCGAUCACGAGAAGCAUCAUCCAGGGAAUGGCGAACAGCAUCAUGCAGAGCCCAGAGUUCAGCACCUUCGAAGAUUUUGCUUUUCCUUUUGGCAUCAUUCUCUAUUACCUCUUCAACUUCGUCGUGAUGACGAUCUUACUGAAUAUCCUUAUCGCACUUUACAAUAGUGCCUACGAGGACAUCUCUGGGAAUGCCAUCGACGAAUAUAUGGCCACAUUCGCGCAGAAAACCAUGCAAUUUGUCCGGGCUCCCGACGAGAACGUCUUCAUACCACCCUUUAAUCUACUCGAGAUCAUCUUCUUGGUUCUACCCUUUGAAUGGUGGUUGCCACGGCAGUAUUAUGCCAAGCUGAAUGAUGUGAUCAUGGGUAUUAUCUACUCACCUAUCCUGUUGGUCACUGCUUUUCUCGAGGUCCGAGACGCCAGGCGGAUCAGGUGGAACCGGCGGCGUGGGGAGGAGGACGAUGACAGUGUCCAGGAGUGGGAGCAUGCAGCUGAGGAGGUGGACUUUGACAUUGAUGAUACAUGGAGACAGACUGUACAGGACAGUUCGCCAGAUUUGCAUGUGGACGGUACCAUGGCUGAGCUGGCACAGCUGAAGGAACAGUUGGUAGAGUUGACUGAGACUGUUCGGCAGUUGAGCGAGGAGAAAGCGAGACGGGGCAUGAUGAUUGGGGAGUCGAGUUCGACCAUGCUAGAUGAAGACUAGAUGUUGCACAGUGGAGAACUGCUGUCUAAUCGUGCUGUUUACUGGUUGACAUCUUGUCGGAACGAUGCCCGGUCGUGGGCGGGUGUUCACUCGGUUGGAUUUUGUCGAGUACUCGUUCCUGUUCGGGUGGUUUGGGACACUCUCGUCGCGGGUGUAUGAUGUACAUUGUGGGUGUGCAUUGCGCAUCUUUGGUUGUAAACAUUCGUC